UCCCUGUUCCCUGUCAGGACGGUCAAGUGGUAGCUGGGUACCAUCUAUCUGCGUUGCAUUUUUACUCUAUUAAUGAGGUCCUUGGAUGAAUAGAAAUUCUCAAUUUUAAUAUUAUUCUGUUUAUCAAAUUUUUAUGGUUAACAUUUUUUAAAAAAAUGUUAUAUGGUUAUCAUUUUUAUGGAAUGCUAAUUAUAUAGGAAGCUUUUGAGGGAGUUGGGAUUUAGGAACAAAAAUGGUUGUCAAAUUUAAAUUGUCAACAGUCUCAAGACAGCAUUUUAAAAAACAAUUUCAGAUUGGUAGAUAUUAAAUAAACCAACGUUCUCCUGUGUUGAUGAGGAUGUUAGUGAGCAUUUUAAGCAUAUCAAAAUUUACACUAUAGCUUUGUGGAUUUGUACACUGUCAAACACUAUUUCAUUAUUGGUAGAAAUAAAAAUUGUCUAACUUUGCCCUUCCCUCAGGCAUCCACACAGCUUGUUUUAUCAUUUUCCUUCAGGGCUGCUUGCACAUGCCAGCUCCUUAGAGAGGAUUUUCCUGACUGUACUGUUUAAAAGUAACAACCUCACUUCCGUUUCUGUCUUCCCUCCUCAACACUUUUCAUACACACACUGUGUGUGUACCGUAUCAUUUAUUUAAACAUUCUUCAACAAAUUUUUUUUAUCACCUGCUAUAUGCCAUCAGCUUUUCUAUACAUUGUGGAUACAGCUUUUCUUUAUAGUGGUAAACAAAGGGACAAAAAUUCCUGCCCUUCUGAAGUUUAUGUUUAGGAAGGGAUGGAGAUAGACAAUAUUAGGCUGCUUGAAGUUCUCCCACAGCUCUCUGUUGCUCUGUUAAUUUUUUUCUUUCAUUUUUUCUGUUUUAUUUUUUAUACUUUUUAUCAAAACUGUAUAAAAUAUAUGUUUUAAGUUCACUCGUUUUUUCUUUAGCAGUAUCUAAUCUGUUAAUCCCUUCUGUUGUAAUUUUCAUCUCAGAUAUUAUUUCUCAUCCCUAGAAAUUCAGAUUGGGUCUGUGUUAUAUCUUUCAUGUUUCUCCUUAGCAUAUUCUCCUCUAUAUAACCUCUUGAAAAAUUGAAUAUAAUUAUAAACUGUUUUAAUGUCCUUAUCUAUCAGUUCUAUCAUCUGUACCAUUUUUGGAUUGACUUUUAUUGAUUGAUUUUUCUCUUCAUUAUGGGUCAUACUUUCCUGCCUCUUUCUGUGCCUGAUUAUUUUUUACUGGAUGGUCAGACAUUGUGAAUUUUGCCUUGUUGGGAGCUAUGUAUUUUUUAUUCCCAUAAAUAUUCUUUGUUCUCAAAUGCACUUAAUUUACUUGUAAACAGUUUAAUUCUUUUAGACUUGCUUUUAAGCUUUGUAAGGUUGGACAGAGUAGCCUUUAGACUAGGACUGUUUCAGCUCCACCACUGAAUACUCUUAUCUGAUGCCCCAGGUAUUAUGAGAUUUUUUCACUCUGGGUGGUGGGAAACUAAAUGGGCUCAGGGGAUUCCUUCCCGUAGUUCUUUUCCCUGCCUUGGGUAGUUUCUUCACAUGUACAUGCUGAUCAUUACUCACUGGAUACUCAAGGAGGACCCCUCUGCAUAUCUCUGGAGCUUGCUCUCUGUGUAGCUCUCUCCAGUAUUCUGCUCUGUGAAUUCCAGCCAGUCUGGUCCCCUUGAACUCCCAAUCUCAUCUCUUCAGCUCAGGGAGAUUGCCAGGCUCUGCCUGGGUUCCACCUUCUUGCACUGUGGCCUAGAAACUGUCUGAGCAGUAAGCUGGGUCAGUUGUAGGGUUUACCUUGUUUGUUUCUCCUUUCACAGGAAUCACUGUCCUGUGCUGCCUGUUGUGCAGUGUUUGAAAACCAUUGUUUCAUAUAUUUCAUCCAGGUUUUUUUUGUUAUUUAAGGUAGGAGGAUAAAUCCAGUCGGCUGCUCCAUCCUGACUCAGAGUGGAAGUUUUUUUUUUUUUUUUUUUUUUUCAGAUGGAAAAUAAACAAGUAAACUAUAAAUAAAUAGCUGUAAAUGCUAUGGAGAAAACUGAAGCAAGGAAGGGGGGGUUGAGGAUUUUGUGGAAAAUUGUAAUUUUAAAGAGGAUGGUGAAGAAAAGAGUUCAUUGAGAAGCCAACUAUUGCAAUUAUCUUUUGCUGUAUAACAGUACACCCCAAAACUAGUUACUUAAAACAACCAAAUAUUAAUUUUGCCCACGGAUAUGCAUUUUGGACAAGGCUGGACUGGGAAUGCUAGUUUCUGCUCUGCUAGUCGUCAGCUGGGGCACCUCAAAGCCUGGGAGCUUCCUCACUCACAUGUAUGGUGGUUGAUGUUGGUUGUCAGCUGGGAUCUUAUUUGGGCUGUGACUUGAACAUCUACACAUGGUCUUCCUGUGUGACUGGGUUCCAAGGAUGAGCAUCUGAGAGAGAGCCAGGAAGAAGCUGUAUUGCCUUUUGUUUUGGAAGUCAUGUGCCCUAUCACAGGGAAUCACUAAACCAAAACCAAAACAAAAACAAAAACAAACCCAUUGCCAUCGAGUUGAUUCUGACUCAUGAGGCUGGCCUGUAUUAAAGGGGACUGGAAUGGACUACUGCUUUUUCUGGGAGGCAUGUCAAAUGAUUUGUGGACAUGUUUUGAAACCACCACAGUGAUACCUGAGCAAAGGAGGAUGUGUUUUGGAGAUGCAGACAAAAUAUCUUUGAUGAAAUGAAGAAGAAAUUUUUACAGAUAGAAAAUGCUGCUGAAGAACCUAGAGUCUUGUGUAUAAUACAAGAUACUACUAAUUCAAAGACAGUGAAUGAACGGAUCACUUUAAAUUUACCAGCUUCUACUCCACUCAGAAAGCUCUUUGAAGAUGUGGCCAACAAAGUAGGCUACGUAAAUGGAACCUUUGAUUUGGUGUGGGGAAAUGGAAUCAAUACUGCUGAUAUGACUCCACUGGAUCAUACCAGUGACAAAUCUCUUCUUGAUGCUAGUUUUGAGCCAGGAAGGAAGAACUUUCUGCAUUUGACAGAUAGAGAUGGUGAACAGCCUCAAAUACUGUUGGAGGAUUCCAGUGCUGUGGAUGACAAUGUUCAUGACAGGUUUAUAGGUCCUCUUCCAAGAGAAUGUUCUGUGGGCUCUACCAGUGAUUAUGUCAGCCAAAGCUACUCCUAUUCAUCUAUUUUGAAUAAAUCAGAAACUGGAUAUGUUGGCUUAGUAAAUCAAGCAAUGACUUGCUAUUUGAAUAGCCUUUUGCAAACACUUUUUAUGACUCCUGAAUUUAGGAAUGCAUUAUAUAAGUGGGAAUUUGAAGAAUCUGAAGAAGAUCCAGUGACAAGUAUCCCAUACCAGCUUCAAAGGCUUUUUGUUUUGUUACAAACCAGCAAAAAGAGAGCAAUUGAAACCACAGAUGUUACAAGGAGCUUUGGAUGGGAUAGUAGUGAGGCUUGGCAGCAGCAUGAUGUUCAGGAACUGUGCAGAGUCAUGUUUGAUGCUUUGGAACAGAAAUGGAAACAAACAGAACAGGCUGAUCUUAUAAAUGAACUGUAUCAAGGCAAGUUGAAGGACUACGUGAGAUGUCUGGAAUGUGGUUAUGAGGGCUGGAGAAUCGACACAUAUCUUGAUAUUCCAUUGGUCAUCCGACCUUACGGGUCCAGCCAAGCAUUUGCUAGUGUGGAAGAAGCAUUGCAUGCAUUUAUUCAGCCAGAGAUCCUGGAUGGUCCAAAUCAGUAUUUUUGUGAACGCUGUAAGAAGAAGUGUGAUGCACGAAAGGGCCUUCGGUUUUUGCAUUUUCCUUAUCUGCUGACCUUACAGUUAAAAAGGUUUGAUUUUGAUUAUACAACAAUGCACAGGAUUAAACUGAAUGAUCGGAUGACUUUUCCUGAGGAGCUAGAUAUGAGUACAUUUAUUGAUGUUGAAGAUGAGAAAUCUCCCCAGACUGAAAGUUGCACUGACAGUGGAGCAGAAAAUGAAGGCAGUUGUCACAGUGAUCAGAUGAGCAAUGACUUCUCCAAUGAUGAUGGUGUUGAUGAAGGAAUCUGCCUUGAAAGCAAUAGUGGAAAUGAGAAGAUUUCAAAACCUGGACUUGAAAAGAAUUCCCUGAUCUAUGAGCUCUUCUCUGUUAUGGUUCAUUCGGGGAGUGCUGCUGGUGGUCAUUAUUAUGCUUGUAUAAAGUCAUUCAGUGAUGAGCAGUGGUACAGCUUCAAUGAUCAACAUGUCAGCAGGAUAACGCAAGAGGACAUUAAGAAGACACAUGGUGGAUCUUCAGGAAGCAGAGGAUAUUAUUCCAGUGCUUUUGCGAGCUCCACAAAUGCGUAUAUGCUGAUAUAUAGACUGAAGGAUCCAGUAAGAAAUGCAAAAUUUCUAGAAGUGGAUGAAUACCCAGAACAUAUUAAAAACUUGGUACAGAAAGAGAGAGAGUUGGAAGAACAAGAAAAGAGGCAACGAGAAAUUGAGCGUAAUACAUGCAAGAUAAAAUUAUUCUGUUUGCAUCCUGUGAAACAAGUAAUGAUGGAAAAUAAAUUGGAGGUUCAUAAAGAUAAGACAUUAAAAGAAGCAGUAGAAAUGGCUUAUAAGAUGAUGUAUUUAGAAGACAUCCUACCCCUAGAUUGCUGUCGCCUUGUUAAAUAUGAUGAGUUUCAUGAUUAUCUAGAAAGAUCAUACGAAGGAGAAGAAGAUACACCAAUGGGACUUCUACUAGGUGGAGUCAAGUCAACAUAUAUGUUUGAUCUGCUGUUGGAGACAAGAAAACCUGAUCAAGUUUUUCAGUCUUAUAAACCUGGAGAAGUGAUGGUGAAAGUUCAUGUUGUUGAUCUAAAGGCAGAAUCUGUAGCUGCUCCUGUAACUGUUCGAGCUUAUUUAAAUCAGACAAUUACAGAGUUCAAACAACUUAUUUCAAAGGCCAUCCAUUUACCUGCUGAAACAAUGAGAAUAGUGCUGGAACGCUGCUACAACGACUUGCGUCUUCUCAGCGUGCCCAGUAAAACCCUGAAAGCUGAAGGUUUUUUUAGAAGUAACAAGGUAUUUGUUGAAAGUUCUGAGACUUUGGAUUACCAGAUGGCCUUUACAGACUCUCAUUUAUGGAAACUCCUGGAUCGGCAUGCAAAUACAAUCAGAUUAUUUGUUUUGUUACCUGAACAAUCCCCAGGAUCUUAUUCCAAAAGGACAGCAUACCAGAAAGCUGGGGGUGAUUCUGGUAAUGUAGAUGAUGACUGUGAAAGAGUUAAAGGACCUGUAAGAAGCCUAAAGUCUGUGGAAGCUAUUUUAGAAGAAAGCACUGAAAAACUCAAAAGCUUGUCAUUACAGCAGCAGCAGGACGGAGAUAAUGGGGACAGCAGCAAGAGUACUGAGACAAGUGACUUUGAAAACAUCGAAUCACCUCUCAAUGAGAGAGACUCUUCAGCAUCAGUGGAUAAUAGAGAACUUGAACCACAUAUUCAGACUUCUGAUCCAGAAAAUUUUCAAUCUGAAGAGCGAUCAGACUCAGAUGUGAAUAAUGACAGGAGUACAAGUUCGGUGGACAGUGAUAUUCUUAGCUCCAGUCAUAGCAGUGAUACUUUGUGCAAUGCAGAUAAUGCUCAGAUCCCUUUGGCUAAUGGACUUGACUCUCAUAGUAUCACAAGUAGUAGAAGAACUAAAGCAAAUGAAGGGAAAAAAGAGACAUGGGAUACAGCAGAAGAAGACUCUGGAACUGAUAGUGAAUAUGAUGAGAGUGGCAAGAGUAGGGGAGAAACACAGUACAUGUAUUUCAAGGCAGAACCGUAUGCUGCAGAUGAAGGUUCUGGGGAAGGACAUAAAUGGUUGAUGGUGCAUGUUGAUAAAAGAAUUACUCUGGCUGCUUUCAAACAACAUUUAGAGCCCUUUGUUGGAGUUUUGUCCUCUCACUUCAAGGUCUUUCGAGUCUAUGCCAGCAAUCAAGAGUUUGAGAGCGUCCGACUGAAUGAGACACUUUCAUCAUUUUCAGAUGACAAUAAGAUUACAAUUAGACUGGGGAGAGCACUUAAAAAAGGAGAAUACAGAGUUAAAGUGUACCAGCUUUUAGUCAAUGAACAAGAGCCAUGCAAGUUUCUGCUAGAUGCUGUGUUUGCUAAAGGAAUGACGGUUCGGCAGUCAAAAGAGGAAUUAAUUCCUCAACUCAGGGAGCAGUGUGGUUUAGAGCUCAGUAUUGACAGGUUUCGUCUAAGGAAAAAAACAUGGAAGAAUCCUGGCACUGUCUUUUUGGAUUAUCAUAUUUAUGAAGAAGAUAUUAAUAUUUCUAGCAACUGGGAGGUUUUCCUUGAAGUUCUUGAUGGGGUAGAGAAGAUGAAGUCCAUGUCACAGCUUGCAGUUUUGUCAAGGCGAUGGAGGCCUUCAGAGAUGAGGUUGGAUCCCUUCCAGGAAGUUGUGUUGGAAAGCAGUAGUGUUGAUGAAUUGCGAGAGAAGCUUAGUGAAAUCAGUGGGAUUCCUUUGGAAGAUAUUGAAUUUGCCAAGGGUAGAGGAACUUUUCCCUGCGAUAUUUCUGUUCUUGAUAUUCAUCAGGAUUUGGACUGGAAUCCUAAAGUUUCUACCCUGAAUGUCUGGCCUCUUUAUAUCUGUGAUGAUGGUGCAGUCAUAUUUUAUAGGGAUAAAACGGAAGAAUUAAUGGAGUUGACAGAUGAGCAAAGAAAUGAACUGAUGAAAAAAGAAAGCAGUCGACUCCAGAAGACUGGGCAUCGUGUUACGUACUCACCUCGUAAAGAGAAAGCACUAAAAAUAUAUCUGGAUGGAGCACCAAAUAAAGAUCUGACUCAAGACUGACUCUGCUAGUGUAGCAUUUUCCCUGGGGGAUUUUUGGUUUUAAUUAGAUGGUUCACUACUACUGUGUAGUGCCAUUAUGGCCGGACAUGGUUAGGGGUAACCCAGUGACACCAGCACUGAUUGGACUGCCCUUCACCAAUCAGAAGCUCAGUGCCCAGUGGGCCACUGUUUUGACUUGGAAUCAUGUUGUGCACUAUAGUCAAAUGUACUGUAAAGCAAAAAGGGAUGUGCAAAAAAAAAAAAUUAAAACCUGCAACUAGCAAAGGGGGAAUGGGAAUGAGUAAACUUUUAUUGUGGACAAAUGUGCACCUACCAGCUAGUAAAACUAGCCUCAAACAGGAUGCUCAUAGCUUAAUAAUAAAAGCUGUGCAAAGGCCAUGAAUGAAUGAAUUUUCUGUUUAUUUCACUGAUACACACAUUACCUCAUUGACAAUUCGUAAGUAAAUGCCACGUGUGUUGACUCUUGGAAAGCAGCAAAAUUAGGAGCUGAAGAAAGAAAUUUUCAGAACCAGCCGUAACCCAGUAAAGAAGUGUGAAGUUGUGUUUUUUAUUUUGUUUCAUUUUUUGCAGAGUAUUAAGAACAUUAUUCUGGAACAUCAAAACGUUUCCCUUAGACCACUCCCAGCAGGUGGCAGCUCAGUUUGCUGCAGUAUUGUAAUUAUAACUGAUUGUACUUAAGUUAUGGAUGUAGAAAAUAUGUUUCACUCGUUCAUUCAGCAUGUAAAUAAAAUUGAUCCUACUGAGUUAUCCUAAUAGCAGUUCAACUAUUUUCCCAUGGUUAGUCUUUUCACAUAUCAUUCAUCACGUACAUUUGUGUACAUUGAAAAGUAUAGUUAUCUAUGUAAAUGUAAUCCUCAGUGAGGUUUCUCAGUGCUGGGUCCUGGAGGAUUGUAUUUGCCCUUGUUAAUGAGGUUUUUCUGUUCAGUGGCUUCGGUUUUUUUUCCUCUUUGUACAUUUAUUUUUGAAGAUUUACUUCAAGUUUGAAUCUUCUAGUGCUCUUGUAAGUCCACUUUAAUUUUUGGAGUUGAUUUAUAGUUACAUGUAGUUUAACUUUGGGGAAAUGUGUUAACAUCGUAAGAUCAGGCCAUGGUACAGACUAUUGCAGUCAACAUGAUUUCAUUGCAAAGUCUAUUAUGAUCAGCAAGUUUCUGCUUUGCUAAAUAAAACUACUCAAUGAACACAUUCUACAUAAAUUUUGGAAAUGCCAUCUAAUUUAUAAAAAUAAAAAGGUUUUGGUAAAACUUUUUUCAUGCCAGAUGCUGUUUACAACAAUGAACAUGCCAAUAAAACAUUUGUUCAUUC